UUUCUCCGGAACCAUCGUCGUAUAACUUGUUUCCGCACGGAGUCAUGAGAAGCGGGACUGCAAGCAUGUUGUGUGUACAGUAGAAUGUCCAUGCUUAAGAAUCCGCUGGGGAUCAUUGUAAAUUUGUACGAAAGACAUCCAUAAAACGAGUCAAUGUAACCGGAAGAAUCAUCUUCAACGGCUAUUUGAGCGUAAACGGUUAUUCGUAGCCAUUCUUCUGACUUCAUCUAUCAGCCACCAUGGGGAUCAAGCGACAGAAACAAGCCAAGAAAACCAUAAGUUUCUACAAAUACAACUUCAGCUUCAGGGAGCCCUUUCAGAUCCUCUUCGAUGGGACUUUUUGUCAGGCGGCUUUAAAGAACAAGAUUCAGAUCAAAGAGCAAAUGCCCAAAUACCUGAUGGGAGAGGUGCAGCUGUGCACUACAAACUGUGCACUGAAAGAACUGGAGACUCUGGGAAAAGAGCUGUACGGAGCCAAAAUCAUCCUGCAGAGGUUUCAGGUGAGGAGAUGUCCACAUUUCAAGGACCCUGUCCCGGCUUCAGAAUGUCUGCUGUCCAUGCUGGGGCAGACAAACCCACACCACUACUUUGUUGCUACACAGGACCACACAUUAACUGCCGGCCUGAAGAAGAUCCCUGGCGUUCCUCUGCUCUACAUCAUCCUCAACACCAUGGUGCUGGACAAGCCCUGCCAGACGUCCCUCGACCACGUGAAGGCCGUCCAGCUGGGAGAGCUGGUCAGCCCGGCCCAGCAGCAGAGUAUCUGCAGCCUGAAAGAGGAGCAGGGCAUCAGCCAGAAGGAUGGUGAGAGGCGGGGAAAGAAGAGGAAGAGGAAACGGAGCAAUCCUAACCCUCUCAGCUGUCUGAAGAAGAGGAAAGGCGGGCCAACACCGCCGAAGAAGACGGAGCAGGGGGAGAAGAGGAAAAGAAUUAGACGCAAGAAACGAAGGACGGAGGGAGGAGACAUGUCUGCUCCUGCGGUUACAAAUACAUAGUAUAGCAGGAAGACAGAGACUUCAUUUGAUUUGUUUCUUGCAUAAAUAUUAUUUGAAGAUGUCCAUGACCCCCAAUUUAAAAUAGUUACACUCAUUGGUAAUUUCUUCUGAUGUUACUGCAUAGAUUAAAUAAAUGUUUAUCACACAAAAUUACAUUUUAAAAUACUGCUCACGGUAUUGUUUAUUUAGAAAAAUGUUGCAACAGUUUCCGUGACUUAGGCUUACAGCUUACGGGCAUAGGACUGAAACCGUUGAGAAACAUAGCAGUAUUUUUGAGUUUGAGAAGAUUUGUCUUGGCUUUUAUACAAAAUAAAAAAUAUCAGGUUUACAGGCACAUAGUUAAAAUAUGAGAUGCACUUAGACAUUACAUGAUAUACAGUUUACAUGGAAGUGGAUAUCAAAAACGAUGUAUUCAGCUUUCUUUGCAGAAGCACAAGAAGAGUGGUCACAAUGAUUUGGUGGUCUGCUUGUUUUUGCUGUAUGCUGUGGCAUUUGAGUGUCUGCUAAAUUCAACCUGUAGUAUUUUCUGGUACAAUGAGUUUAGAGUCCAAGCGACAACGUUCAUAACAUAUGUCCAUUCAGACUUCACUUGAUCGUGUUAUCAAGUAAUUCUUUACAUUAAAAUUCAAUGUUGCUUUAAAAUAAAACAGUUAAUUUUCUUAAUGUGUAUAUAUAUAUAUCUAUAUAUAAGACAUCAAUAAAUGAAUAUUGAACAAGUAUCUACUUGACUUACACUGUCAGUUAUACAUUACUGUGUCACCCAGUUGUAACUAAAUGACUAUCCAUAUAUAAAAGGGACACUGGAUAAAGUCUUAAUAAUAAAGAGCAACACGGUAAUACAAAUGGUAGUUUCUCGAGCAAAUCCACUCUAAUAAAAUAUUUCAGGACAGAGCAUGCAAGUAUAACAGACUAUUGAUGUUUAUCUCAACUAGAGGUUGGAACUUAUGUUCUUUUUAUAAGCUGUGUCCCAGUUCCAUAGUACAUACUAGUUGUAUACAGUAUGUAUUAUACUAACCUUUAUAGUAUAGGUUUUGCAGUUUGUAUACAAGAAAUCACCGUAAAAAACAAGUGUUGUCUGGCGUUAAACUGCAGCUUUUGAAUGCUA